AUGGAUCCAUCAUUUCGACCACCUCCGGAAGAACUACCACGUCCGAAACAUUACACCCCACAAGAACCAAUAGCUUUUGAUAUAAAGGAGUUUUAUAAAAGUUAUUUUCCAAAUGAACCAAUUGAAGCACGUUCACCAACACCGUGGCAUUUUGAUAUUUAUUAUCGUAAACAAUAUUAUUUAUAUGCUGUUGUAUUUGGACUUGUCACGGGACUUUUUAUGUCAUGGAAGCGAAUAAAUGUUGAUAGAGCUAGACAAAAAGAUUGGGACCGGCAUCAUGGAGAUCCAUUAUCUUAUCACGAUACGUUCGGACCAAUAAAUCCUCAUUAUCCCUAUCCAAAAGUCACUGAUCAUUAUAAAAUAGCCGGCCAGAAUGAUAGUAAGAAACAUAACCCUUCUGACCUUGUUCACACCAACGAAGGACAUUUACACUGA